UGAGCCAGACCGGAUGCCUAUUGCGUUGCUCCGUUUCAUCUCUGCUCAGUGCUUCUAACAUCCUGCAACAUACCGCCCCAAUGGGGAUUCCCCAGUUCCGUCGAGAAGGCUGGUUAGGCUUCUAUCUGACCCUACUUUUGGCUUUGAGCCUGUGCCAUGGCAAGCAUGUCCAAGUCAAAAUAGUUGGAUCCACCGAGUGUGCACGAUGCACCUCUGAUGUAGUAAAAACCUGGCAUCCAACUUCUUCAGGGGCACGCCUGGCAAUUGAAUGCAAGUCUCCUGAUGGGAAUUUUAGGACUUUGGGAAAAGGAGAUUUUGAUGCCAAAGGGAAUUUCGAAAUUAAUUUUCUUGAAGCUGAUAUGAGGAAAAAGGAAUGCUAUCUGAAGCUCCACAGUUCAUCAGGCGCGCCAUGUCCGGUACAAUUGGCCAAGAGGAUCUUGGCCGUGAUGCUCAAGUCUAUAGAUAACCCAAAACAAACCUCAGCCACGACACCAAGGCUUAAAUUUUCUUCCAAUUCAUGCAUUGCAGCGAUUUCAAGGAUGUCCUACGAGAGCAACCCAGUAGAAUCUUCUUCUCCGAGACAAUCAAAAAAUGGAAAUAUUGAAAGAUUGCCACCAACUUUCACAGAAUAUAUUAAGCCUCUCCAACCAACACCCCAGCUGAAACAAAACUUGGCUCGACCACCUGUUUCAGUGUCAAGGAAACUGCUUACCCAUCCUAUUCAAAUUUUCCCACCAAUAAUUCCUCCUCUUGUUCCAGCCAUUCAUUAUCCAUUUCCAGCACUUGCUCCUCUUGUUGGAAUCCCAUUUCCCACACCAGAGCCUAUCUAUCAGAAGCCCCUUCCGCCAUCUGCAAACUCACCAGAGCCUAUCAUUCAGAAACCAUAUCCUCCACUGGCUCCAACAUAUCAGAAGCCCCUGCCUCCAUCUGCAAAUUCACCAAUGCCUAUCAUUCACAAACCGUAUCCUCCACCAGCUCCAAAAUUUAAGAAAUCAUCUCCACCGCCUCUACCAGUUGAAAAACCAAAUGAUCCAGCUAACCCUCCUAUUUUUAUUUCUCCAGCAUCACUUCCUCAACCAAAUCCAUCACAUGAGCAGGCACCAUCACCCUUAUCUAAUGUACGGCCUUCCCCAUCAUCAGCUACGCCCAGCAAUUCAUUUUCUCCAUUUCCAAGAGCUCCCCCAAUACCCGCACUUCCUCCUAUUCCCACUGUUCCGAGGAGGUAUUUCAACUUACCCAAGUCCGGGCACAAAUCUCCAACUCCUCCUACCAAAUCUCAUUCCUAAUGUUCCAGAAUUUAUAGUCUAAAUAUAAGGCUUUCUAUUCCAUGCAUGUUGAGUACUUUUAAUUUUUUUUGGGUGUAUCCUAUAGUAAUAAGGAGAACUGGUGAGAAAGUAUCAAAAUCUGUGUACCGUCUGUGUCACUAAGAAACAGUCGUGUCAUUGUCGGUGUUGUUGAGCAUUCAAAA